AUGGCGCGCAUUUUCAAAUCAUCAUGUUUCACUAUAUCCGAGCUAAAAGUCCAAAACGUAUCCCAACUAAAAUAUGCAACAGAUGAAGACUUAAGACUUCUCGGGUGCUCCAGACCAGAGAUCAGACGACUCAGAAAAUUCUACGACAGGCACUACCCCAAUGGAUAUCUCAGUAAAAUUAAAAGACUUCUGCACGCACCUAACAAAAAAGACGAUCCUGGACAGUUAUCAACGGUUUGUGAGGAGAGAUCCAACUCAAUAUCGAGAAGUUCAACAAUAUCGAAUAAUAGCAAUUCGAGUACACCAGGAUCUAAGCAUAUAAUUCCUGCAGAAAGUAUUAAUGUUCAUAAGCAACUCGGCAUUGGUGAAUUUGGUGUGGUGCAGCAGGGAGUUUGGAAAAAUAAUGGAGAAAAGUAAUUGAUAAUUCAAGUAGCUAUAAAAUGUCUAUCAAGGGAACGUAUGCAAUCACAUCCUAUGGAAUUUUUAAAAGAGGCAGCAAUUAUGCACUCGGUCGAAAAUGCUCACAUUGUACGUCUGUAUGGUGUUGUUUUGGAUACAGACGCCUUAAUGCUGGUUACCGAGUUGGCACCACUUCGGUCACUUUUGGAAUGUUUGAAGGAACCAGCAUUGAGGUCUAGUUUUACAAUAUCUACUUUGUGUGAAUUUGCAUCGCAGAUUUGUCUUGGGAUGAAUUAUUUAGAGAACAAAAGACUUAUACACAGGGAUCUUGCAGCCAGAAAUAUUUUGGUGUUUUCAAAAUACAAAGUCAAGAUUUCUGAUUUUGGCUUGAGUCGAGCCUUAGGAGUUGGAAAAGACUAUUAUCAAACUAAUUUUAAUGUUAAUUUAAAAUUACCAAUAGCAUGGUGUGCUCCAGAGUGUAUAAGUUAUUUAAGGUUUACAUCAGCCUCCGAUGUCUGGGCUUAUGCGGUUACACUCUGGGAAAUGUUCUCUUAUGGAUUUCAACCGUGGGCAGCACUCACUGGACAUCAGAUAUUACAAGCCAUCGAUGAACCAAAUUAUCAGCGUUUAGAGCAACCAGAAUGCUGCCCCAAAGAAUAUUACUCCCUGAUGAUGAAAUGCUGGCAGCACGAUCCUCUCGACAGACCGAGUUUUGCAGAAAUUCUAUCCUAUUUACCAGAAUGCAAACCUGAAAGAGUCCAGGCUAUCGUAAACACUGUAUCUAACCUGAACAACAGACUUCAGUAUCGGGCUGGGGAUAUUAUCACUGUCUUGGACAAAGUUACUCAUUCUCCGUUAUGGAGAGGUGUUCUGGACAGCAGUGGACGUGGAGGCCUUUUCGACCCUGCGACUACUGUUACAUAUGUUGGACCUUUGCCGAAUUCAGGAAAUCUUGCGUCUUCAUUUUCUGUUGAUCGUAACAGCAAAAGGAGAUUGAGGACUGAAAUGAUUAGUUCGCCACAAGGAGAUCUUAAACAUACAGGUCAUGUUGGUCUCGACGGAGCCUAUUUCGGAGACAUAGCUUUCCUUCGUGCCAUUGGCAAUGCAAACACGACUCCAGGUAAUGGUGAAGCACUUCUUUCCAAUAAUGGCCUGUCUCCGAAUGUCCCUAGGCAAAUAGUGGCUCCUUAUAAGCCUUCUGAAGAUCUAGACGAGCAACCAUUAUUGGCUUCAUCAGAUGGAGGAUGUCUCGCAAAUGCUGAGACUGCAUCUGGUUCUAAUACUGAUGGAGUUAGUGGACGAAAUAGAUCUCAAGUUCCCAAUUUAAAUCUAAAUUUAAAUCUGGAUUUGAGGAAGGACUUCAGCGAUUCCAACGGCAGGAAAGUCAAAUGGUCGAAGGACGAGAAUGAUUUUGCAGACAACAAUGCAGAACCUCAUGAGUACCACGAAAUAUCGGAUGACGAGAACGUAGUCUCUGAUAGUCCAAGAUUUGAGAAGUCGUUCGAUCUCGGCCCAAGCCUGUUGGACGAAAUGGAAAGCAUGUUUCGAAGUCUUGGAAGUCCCAAAGCACCGCCUUCACCGGCAGUCGAUCACGAUGGCGUCAAUCAAAGAAACGAGAUAAUGGAAUUAUCUAACAGGUUAAGCAGGACAGCCAGUACCGGCAAGAAAAAGCAAGUGAGCGUAAAACCUAUUUCUGCAUCUGACGAACGAGCUUUGGACUGUGCCAUUGCAAUGGCGAAUGAAAUAUCAGCAAGAUCUAUGACCGAUCUGGAAAGUUACAAUGGAACUGUAGAUGGUUUAUCGCACUCGUCCAGACAACAAGCGAGUCCUCAUACUUCGGCCAGGAAGAAAUUCAGUUUUCGGUUUCCUACAUCCGGAAUAUCAAUUCCCAGAACGGUGGAAGUCCAAGUCACCAUCAGGGCAAUAACCAGACAGGAAGCGCUCAUCAAAAUAACACGAAUAGGACAGAAUGCAGUUUUUAUCAAGAAGCGCAGAGCAUACCUGAUUUACAGGUAUGUCAUACGAUUACUUUACGUGCCCAGGAGUGACGGUUUUCAGAGGAAGAAGUAUGAUAAGAAUUUAGAAGACAACACCAGGCCACGUACUAGUUCUUUUACGUGCAAACGCAGGAGUAUCAGAGCACGCAACAUGCGUAGGAGACAAAGUUGUAAUUUUAUAAACACACAAUCCAGUAGUUCCUCCUCGGAUUUCUUUUCUUCGUCUAGUGAUUCAGAGGCUUUGUUGAGCAGAUCGGGGUCUCUAAGAAGCGGAGGCUACGCGCGAAAAUCUGGUUUAAGACGUCCUGGAUCAGCAGCCAGUUUGUUCACACCAGGUUUGGGAGGUCCUAAACACAGAUCAAAAACGAGCACCAAAUCAAGUUUAUUGAAGCCAAAUUUUGAUGUCACUAAAUUAACAGGCAAAAGUCCUCCGGCUGCACCUCAAAACAACCCAGGAACCAGUGAAGACUUCAAUACAACCCAACAAUUCCGUUGGCCGCCUGUUUUACCAGGCGGAGGAGCUGCUAACGUGGAAAAUACGGUGUCAGGAAACCAGGUUAUAACCUUGACUUCACCAACAACCACUGUUACUACACCCAGCAUUACAAGCAUUUUACAAAGUGGGCCUCCAGUCACAAUGGCACCGGUGAUCAGUACUCUUCAUCACCAUCACCAGGAAGACACAUUAAGCAGUUCACCGAUGGACGAAACGAAUCCUUUGAGGAUUUUAAAGAGCAGCAAAAACUUUCCAGCGGUGAGGCCUCGUGUAAGGUACCCUGCAGGAACCGAUAAAUUAAGGACUCUGCCCAACAUUCGAAGACAUAUCGAUGAUGUCAAUAAUGAUGCCACGUCCAAUUGUGGUGAUGAUGUUAGUGUACCUGAAAGUCCUAGUUAUGUUACAACCACUUCACACGGCGGAGGAUUUUCAUACCCUGAUGAACCCAAUGAUUCAACCAAUCACCAAGUCAAUAACCUAGUACCUUUGCCACCAAAAGAUAGAAAUUUAACAGCCUUAUCCAAUCGUAAUGCUGCCAAACGACAUACCAGGAAACAUCCCUUGGUCAUACUACCAGCUACGUCUGGGGUACAAAGAACACUCGACAAAGUCAACCAGAUUACACCUGUAGAAGACCGUCCGCCUCUAACAUUUCCUCCACAAGUGCAAAGAGUGUCACCCACCAAGAUCGUCACUUCACACGUGACCAGCGUCACGUCUCAUCUCACCAACGUGACAUCAUCUCACACCACAAACGUCACAUCACCUUGUUAUAUGAACCAGUGCGAUGUAGUAGACUUUGGUAGUAAAUCGAAACAGGAUAAAGAAUUGUUGGAGAAUAAUUUUACCAAAGAGGAAUUGUCCACGUUAAAGCAAGUUGAGUAUGAGAAUAUACAAUCAGGCGAACCGAAAAAGCAGGAAUCGAAAUCUGUGGUUUUGCCAAGGAGACAUCAGUCGUUGAACGAUGUGCCGAGUACGCAGGACGUCGAUAGGGCUUCGAUGGAUUUUGAAAAUUUGGUCGAGUCUGAUUUUAAUUUUGAGACUGAUGAUGCGUUUUACGAGCCUGGGGAAGUGCCUGUCGAUGAAAUAGAUACUGCAGUGUCUGCAGCAGCGAGACCAAGGCUGGCUUCGGCAGAUGCUGCUGUUUCAGUUACCAUACCAGGUGUAAAUUUGGAUAAAAAUACUAUUGCAGAGCAUGAUGUUAGCUGUGAAGAUUUACUGGAUUUUGCAGGAAGAAAACCUCCAGGUCGUGCACGUGGCGUGGAAUCAGACGAAGUCCGUAUAAUGAACAAAGUUCUAGGAAAAGAAAUGACUCCAGAAGCUUGUCUGGUGUCAUUGGAGCACAUGGACUGGGACGUCCAUCGAGCUAUCAAAUUAGCUCGUUUAAGACUUUUAUUAAACAAUUCAACAAUUGCGCGACGACUGGACUUGGUGAGUGCUUUGGAUACUGCUAGUUGGGAUAUCACUAAAGCGGCAUGCUGUUUGUAUGAGAAACAUGGGUCGUAG